GCUCGGGGUGCAGCCCAAUUGAAGUGGCUUGGGGCUCUCCUGGACCCGGCCUAUGAAGGAUGGAUCGGAGGGGUUUUUGGAAUGGUACAGAGGUGAGGGCGAGAGUAGAGACAGAGUGGAGGAAGAAUUGGUUGGAGGGGUUUGGGAGAGAGUGGAUUUGGGGUGGUUUUCUUGACAUUGAUAAAAUGGGGUUUCCGUAUUUCUCUCUGGUUGUCGGGGCCUGUGUCUGCGUCAAUGGAUAUCCGAGUUUCACUGAGGAGACCGAGUCGUCUUCUUUUCCACACUUUUUUUCUCCUUCACUUGGAGGGCUGGUUCGAAAACCCACCAAGCAACACUACCGCCGCUGCCUUUCUCUAUGGUUCGCCAUUGAUGAAUUUAUAUGUUGUGGGAGAACAAGACAAUUCAAGAAGGUUGGUACUUGGUACUGCCAAGGAAUGUUUAUACACACCAGGAAUGAGCAGAAAGCCAAGAGCAUGUAUUGAAGAUACUUGGUCAUUCAAGAAUUAUACAGACACCUUAUGAAUCCCUUCAUGGGUCAAUAAUACCCAUAUUUUGGUGCAUCACUUGAGCAGGGAAUUCACAUCUUCCUUUUUUGUCUCCUUGUGCUCCAGCUCAAGAGACACUGACAGGAUUUUUCAAGGCUGAAUAAUGAGUUUCAAUUCUAAUAUUUGGGAGGAAAGGCUUUGUCAGUGGAAGCUGGCAAGGGAGAGACUGCUACGAAGAACUGGAAGCCAAGAAGAGAUACCUGAUCCAUCUGACCUUGGUUCGGUAGAUGAGAUGGAACUUCGACAGCCAGAAAUGUAUGCAAAUUAUUGCCACUCAGAAUAUGUGUUCAGUAUAAGGUUUAGGAUGUUGUUGAAUAUUACAUGGCAAUGGUAAUUCUAUAUUUUCUUCCAUAGCCUUCAGAUGAGUCUGAUCAGCAUAGUAAAAUCUACUUUGUUGCAUAUAUCCUAUCACAUCUUGUGUUUAGCCCUUUUCCUUUCUGUCCUUGUUAUUUACCUAUUUAUAUUCAUUCCCACCAAUGAAGUUAUGUCUUGUGUUGGGGCCUUUUUAGGAUAUCAUCAAUAAUGCGAUACUGAACCUUAUCACUAUCACAAUUAUUAUAAUGAAUAUUUGGGUUUUGAUGGAAAAAAACAACAACAAUAUUUUUGGUGCCAAUUUGAAUACAGUAGUUUGAAACCAUCAGGUUGGGGGAAGGAGGAUUAUGAAGAAAAAGAUGAAGUGCACAAUAGAAUGUUGAAAUUUUGAUACUUUGCAUUCUGAUAAUGAUGGCAGUUAUCAUGUUUCCUAUCUGUGAUAUACAUUUCAUACAAAUAUACGUAUGUAGGUACAUACAUAAAAUCAUAUAUGUAUGAAUACAUACGUAGGUACACAUGCAGAUAUAAGCUGUUUCUCAAGGGCAAGAAGCUUAUUCUAUUUUUGUGAAGUGUGGGAGUUUUGUUGCUGAAAUCUCUCUGGAUAACGAAAGUCGGCAAUUUCUUUCAAGAAAAGUUCCCAUACCUCCCUCAAUGAUCUACCCCUAUAGGGUCUCAGUGAUCUUCCGGCUUGUUAUUUUAGCUUUUUUCCUCCGAUAUCGAUUGACCCAUCCUGUACAUAAUGCAUAUGGGCUUUGGUUAGCUUCAGUGUUCUGUGAAGUUUGGUUUUCCGUAUCUUGGAUUCUAGAUCAGCUUCCCAAGUGGCAACCAGUAAACAGGCAAACAUUCCCUGAACGCCUUUGCAUGAGGUACAACCAACCUGGAAAACCAAGUGGACUAGCUUCUGUUGAUGUCUUUGUCAGUACUGCUGACCCUCUGAAAGAAUCACCUAUUGUCAUAUCAAACACUAUCCUUUCUAUACUUUCUGUAGACUAUCCAGCUGAAAAAGUUUCAUGCUAUGUUUCUGAUGAGGGGGCAGCUCGAUUAACUCUGGAAACUCUAUCGCUAACCUGUGAUUUUGCAAGAAAAUGGGUGCCCUUUUGCAAGAAAUUCCAAAUUGAGCCUCCAUCUCCUGAGAGUUAUUUCUCACAAAAGGUUGACCAUUUGAAAUACAACCCAUAUCCGACAUUUUCUAAGGAGAGAAGGUUAAUGAAGAGGCGAUAUGAAGAUUUUAAAGCCCAAAUUAAUGGUCUGAUAACCAAGUUCCAAGAUGUACCUUCUGAGGGUUGGACAAUGAAGGAUGGCACUCCAUGGCCUGGAAAUGACAUAAAAAAUCAUCUGGGCAUGAUGCAGAUAAUAAUGGGUCGCGGUGGGCCUCAUGGCAGUGAUACUAGAGCUUUGCCACAAGUAGUUUAUGUGUCUCGGGAAAAACGCCCUGGUUUCCAUCACAACAAUAAGGCGGGUGCCAUGAAUGCCCUGGUCCGAGUGUCAGCUCUUCUUACAAAUGGGACCUACAUUUUGAAUCUGGAUUCUGAUCACUAUAUAAACAACAGCAGAACUUUCCUUGAAGCAAUGUGCUUUUUGAUGGAUCCCAGUAACCAGAAGAUAUGCUUUGUUCAAUUUCCUCAGAGAUUCGAGGGUGUUGAUGCAAAUGAUCGGUAUGGGAGCCACAACACAAUCUUCUAUGAUAUCAACUUGAAGGGUUUCGAUGGAAUACAAGGGCCUUUUUAUCUUGGCACAGGUUGCUUCUUGUACCGGAAAGCUUUAUGUGGUUAUGACCCAUCUUUUGAGCAAAAGAUUCUCAACACAAGAUGGUUGGAUCUUAGAAUGAAGAGGCCAAGUGACAACCAUGGCCAUUAUUUUUCUGAUGCUUCUGAUGAAAGCAGCUCGAGUUUACUCGUUCAGGAACUGAACAGUCUUGAAAGGGAAUUUCCAUCUAGUUUCCAAAGCAUGGAGAUGUGUUUUGGCCAGGCUCCACUUCUUAUUGCAUCAAAUUUUGUUGAUGAUGACAUAUUUUCUUCGUAUGCCACAAUUGAAGAAAUUCUAAGAGCAGCAAUUCAUGUAAUCAGUUGUGAUUAUGAAGACAAGACUGCUUGGGGGAUAGAGGUUGGCUGGAUAUAUGGCUCUCAGACUGGGGAUGUUCUGACUGGUCUGAAGAUGCAUGCUAGAGGAUGGAGAUCUGUAUAUUGUAUGCCAGUUCGUGCCGCCUUUAGAGGAUCAGCACCUAUUAAUCUUUCAGAUCGUCUAACCCAGGUGCUUUUUUGGGCCACUAGCUCUAUUGAAAUUCUUUUCAGUCGGCAUUGUCCAAUCUGGUAUGGAUAUGGUGGUGGGCUUAAGCUGUUGGAGAGAGUUGCUUAUAUAAAUGCCGUCAUAUAUCCCAUUUUUUCCGUUCCCCUGCUGAUUUACUGUGCUUUACCUGCCAUUUGCCAUCUCAGUGGGAAGUCUAUCAUUAGUCCGAUUACUUAUGAGGCAAACAUCUGGUUCAUGCUUGUUGUAUUGUCUAUUUUCGCACAUGGGUUUCUUGAGCUUAGGUGGAGUGGUGUAAGUCUUCAAGAGCGGUGGAGAAAUCAGCAGUUUUGGGUGAUUGCUGGUGUAUCUUCCCAUUUCUUUGCUAUUUUCCAGGGUUUGUUUAAGGUCAUGCUGGGUUUAAAUACAAGGUCAAGCACAUUGAUGAAGACACAUGAUGAGGACAGUGCCAUCGAGUUUUAUAAAUUCAAAUGGACAUCACUUCUGAUCCUGCCAACAACAUUGAUUCUCAUCAACUUGUGGGCUGUUGUUGCAAUGAUCUUUUCAAUAGUUGUCCAUGGCUAUGGGUCUUUUGGCCCACUGUUUGCAAAGCUGUUUUUCUCAUUCUGUGUGAUUGUUCACCUAUACCCAUUCUUGAAGGGAUUAUUAGUUCGGAAGCACAAUAUUCCAACAGUAGUCAUACUAUGGUCUCUAAUUUUAGCAACCCUAUUCUGUCUGCUGUGGGUUCGACUUGAUCCUUUUACCACUAGGUUCCAGGGACCAGAUGCUGAGGCCUGUGGCUAUGAAUGCUGAUUCAAAUGCUUAACUUAGUGUCAGGUUUCACAGCUCAUGGAACACUAAAGCUUCUAACCUGCACUUAGAGGAAGACAGACACAUUUUUUUACCCCACAAAGAUGGCACGAAGGCUGCCUUGCAAUUUGGGAUAUUUUUCAUUUGUUCUUGUUGUCUUCUCUCUGCCACUUGUUGAGCACAUCAAGGCUUUCUGCUCCCCAGACAGGAGCUUCAUUUUCAGGUAUUUCCUGAUGUCUCCUUGGUUAUUUUCCUAGUUUCCUACUGAUGACUCAAAUCUGUACCUGCAUUAAUUUCAGUGCCUGGCAUGUUACUAACACUGUUUACCCCCAAAAAGGCAAGGGAGAAAGAUGUAUUUUGUAUCAGAUAGUCUAGAAAUUGUUUGCCACUUUGUGGAGAGCUCCUUGUAUCUCUGGCUAUCAUACCACUAUGCUGUAUCUUUAACUUAGUAAUUUACCUAAUAAAAUUACAUGGCUCUAGAGGUGUUAUUCA